UUUGGAGUCCCGGAAGAAGCCUGUAGUGUUUUGGUUGCCGGUCGCCGAAUGCCUGAUUGGCGUGUCUGGGGAGCGAGGGGGUCAUGCUGCCUUUGAGGCGCUGCUGACGCCUCCGCGGAAGGCUUCAGCCGAGUGGCGGCUCCGGUUCCUCUAUGGGCCACUUUUUCUCGCGGAAGGGAACCAGCCUGAACGCGGGUAGGAGCCGCCGGCGCAGUCGCCCCCUGAGGGGGAAGGUGGUGCCGCCGCAGAACCGGAGCUGCUUCCUGCGCGGGCCCUGCAUGCUCUGCUUCCUCGUCCACAGCGCCAACCCGUCCGCCCGCGAAGAGCAGCCGCCGCCGCCUGCCCACCGCGACUCGCCGCCGCCGCCGCUUCUCUACGCUUCUUUGAAGGCCCCGGAGGAGCGCCCCGCUCGCCGCCUUCUCCCCCUGUCGCCUUUGGCCGCUUGGGAAGCGCCGGGUCGUCGCUGCCGCCGCUUGCUGCUGUCCGGCCUGCUGUUUCCUUCGCCGCCGCCGCCGCCGCGGGGCUUCUUGGCGCCCGCGUUGCGGACUGGCGAGACCGGCGCGGAGAUGGUGUGCAAGCGCAAAGGAGUCGGCUUGCCCGCCUGUCCGCCCUGCAAGCAGCCCCGCUGUGCCCCCGGCUCCGGGGUGGGAGUCGAGAGUCCUUCGCCGCCCCCUGAGGCCGCCGACUGCCAAGAGGGCGCUUUGCCCGAGUCUCACCUCUGCCCCCUGCCCUGCGCCUCGGACUGCGCCAAGCUUGAGGCCUCGCCUAAAGACCCGGGCGGGGAGAACGGGGACGGGAGAGGGGUGGCGCAGUCGGAGUCCGCCUCGCAGCCGCCUGAGCUCGGCGGGAGAGAGAAGCACGAGUCCCGCGAACCCGACUGCGAGGAGCCCCCCGAAAACCCUGGCGACUGUUGCCCGGAGCCCCAGCCACCCUCUCCGGACAUCAACCAGUUGCCACCCUCCAUCCUUCUCAAGAUUUUUUCCAAUUUAUCCCUGAAUGAGCGAUGUCUUUCAGCAUCGUUAGUUUGUAAAUAUUGGCGUGAUCUCUGUUUAGAUUUCCAGUUCUGGAAACAGUUGGAUCUCAGCAGUCGUCAGCAGGUCAAUGAUGAAUUACUGGAAAAAAUUGCAUCAAGAAGUCAGAAUAUAACUGAAAUCAAUAUUUCAGAUUGUCGUAAUAUAUCAGAUACUGGAGUAUGUGUGCUUGCAUUUAAAUGUCCUGGACUUCUGAGGUAUACUGCCUACAGAUGUAAACAGCUGUCAGACACAUCCAUAAUUGCUGUGGCCUCACAGUGCCCUCAGCUGCAGAAGGUGCAUGUGGGCAAUCAAGACAGGCUUACUGAUGAAGGACUCAAGCAGCUGGGCUCCAAGUGCAGAGAAUUGAAAGAUAUUCAUUUUGGGCAAUGCUACAAGAUCUCAGAUGAAGGAAUGAUAGUCAUAGCUAAAGGCUGUCUAAAGCUGCAACGAAUAUAUAUGCAAGAAAACAAAUUGGUGACAGAUAAAUCGGUUAAAGCCUUUGCAGAACACUGCCCUCAGUUGCAGUAUGUUGGGUUUAUGGGCUGUUCUGUUACAUCUAAAGGAGUCAUACACCUUACCAAUCUAAGAAAUCUUUCAAGCUUGGAUCUACGACAUAUCACUGAACUGGAUAAUGAAACAGUGAUGGAAAUAGUAAAGAGAUGCAAAAACCUUAUCUCCCUCAAUCUCUGUCUUAACUGGAUUAUCAAUGACAGAUGUGUAGAAGUCAUUGCUAAAGAAGGACAGAAUCUGAAAGAGUUGUACUUGGUAUCAUGUAAGAUCACAGACUAUGCACUGAUAGCCAUUGGGCGAUAUAGUAUGACCAUAGAAACUGUGGAUGUAGGAUGGUGCAAAGAAAUCACAGAUCAGGGAGCCACUCAAAUUGCUCAAAGUAGCAAGUCUCUCAGAUACUUAGGACUGAUGAGAUGUGACAAGGUUAAUGAAGUGACUGUAGAACAACUAGUGCUGCAGCACCCGCACAUAAUCUUCAGUACUGUACUACAAGACUGCAAGAGGACCUUGGAACGAGCAUACCAGAUGGGUUGGACACCCAACAUGUCCACUGCCUCUUAACUCAUUCCAUGAUAUUAAAGAGAUAAUUUCUGCAGUCAGCAGAUUUGGACUAAACAUUUGAAAUUUGUUAGGGUUUUUUAUUAAUAUUAUUGCUUUUUAUGACAUACAUACUCAGUUUUAGUAUAAAGCUUUUAGUUUUGAAUAUAUAUACAAAUAUAAAUGUAGUGGGAAAUUUAUGUUUGGUCCACUAAUGGAAAAGUUGGAAGAGAAAUAUAGUCAAAUAUAUUUAAUUGUUCUGAAAGUUUGUCAACCUAAACUUCUGCAGGUAUCUAAGCAGUUACUAAGGCGUGCAGCCUUUCAUGAUGUGUUUAAGUUUACAUAUAAAGGAAACACUAUUGAGUUUCUCUUAAGUAUAUGUUCAUGAUCAAAAUAUGCCUUUAGAAAAGCCUUCUACUUUUUCUGUAUGCAUAAAUCCAAUGGUAAAAGUGUUCAGCAACUUCCUUGAAGUGGGUUCCUGCUCGUUCUGUGGGUAGUUUCAGCAAUGUAAUAUAUUGCUUCUUUCUCUUUUGUAUCUUCCUUUGCUUUGGCUGUUCAUAUUAGUUUGUAAGUGGUAUCUGCUUUUCCUUGAGCUCUAUUUAAAGUAGACACUAGGCUUAAUUAUAAAACUAAUUAUCUAUUGAAGCUACCCUCAUGUGUAUGUUUUGAGAUGUACAGUUCUGAAAUCUCAAAUAACUGUGUUUCAAAAAUCUAAAAUUUUGAUAAUGACAAGUUGUUAUUUUGAAUAGAAUCCUUAAUAAAUAAUGGUCAUGGAAUAGUUAUUUAA